AUGGACUUUUCACGAUGUGCAACAUGUCUCGAGGAUUACGAUGAUAGUGCUCACAGGCCAUGCAUUGGUUUCUGCGGACAUUCGCUUUGUCUGAAAUGUCAGACGCGAAUUGUAAGUUGUCCAUUGUGCAAAAGAAAAAAUGCGUUUUUCGGAACUGUCUUCAAUUAUCAACUUUUGGACGCAUGUGUUGCCCUGCGUCAAAUAAUGAAUGAAAGUAAAUCUCCGAGUCGUUCACGAUCCACUGGAAAACGUCCCACUGAAACACCAAACAUUUCUCAGCAGGUUGUCAAUGCGACUAGAAGAAGUCGACGAAAUGCUCUUGAAUCUUCUGUGGAUAAAGCCCAGCAAAGAGAAGUGGAAACCAGCUGGAUCUCGCAGCAUAUUCCUCCGCCAGAAUCACGUCGACGUGAUCGAUCAUUGAGAAGAAUGUCGGUGGCUCCCUGUAACUAUCGCACGAUAUACGCUGCUGUACCACAAGAAAUGAAAGUCUUCAUUCUGUUAUUGGCCCUGAUUUUUAUCCUUGAAUCCGUCAAUGCUCACUUCCCAAUAUAUAGCCUCUAUAAAGAUCGAAAGCCAAUGGAUGUGUUCCGUGUCAUCUCAUCAGCACGUCAGGCGAAGCGACGCUCGGGUGGUUUUUUGGAUCUCUACGAGCUCCCAAUAGAGGAUUUUUACGAAAAAUGA